AUGACAAAUAUAUCUGAAAUUCCUCUUGUAGACGUUUUUAAAGGGGUCAUUCUGGAUCACUUGAUGAGGGAUGGGUUUUUACGCCGGCCACCAGAGAAUUUUUUUAUCAAACACAGAGCAAAAAUUUUAACAUGUGCCGCAGUUACUGGUGGUGCUCUUUUAGGCCCAUUUGCAAUUACUGGUGUAGUAGCAGCAUUAGGAUUUGGUCAAGCCGGUAUUGCAGCCGGAAGCACUGCAGCAUGGAUGAUGUCAUUAUAUCGUGGAUAUGUCGCCGCCGGUAGUCUUGUGUCGAUUUUACAAUCUGUUGGUGCCGCCGGCUUAGGUGGAGCAGUUGCUAGUGCAAUAUCAAGUAUAUUAGAAUCAAAUUCCGAUGAAUUACGAGAAUUAGGAACUUUUCUUAACAUUAGAUGCGAAAAUAAUGCGCACACAACAGUCGUUUUGGAGAUCAAUAUUACUGGUAACGAGGAUGAAAAAUUACUGUCACUUCUUAGAGGGUUUGACUUGGCUCGGCAAGUUGUCAGCACAAGGGUUGGGCGAUUCGAAUUUUUCAUUGGAGAAGGAUCCAAUAUUUUGUACAACUUUUUGGUAGAUAACUAUGGUGAUGUUUCUGUUACUACUUUGACACCGAGUAGUUACCUUUUAAAUCUAAAUGAUUAA